AUGGCCCCUCAGAUCCCCAUCAAAGAGCAAUCCACCCGCUUUGCAUCAUGCAGGCUGAAAAUUGUCAUCGUCGGAGCAGGUCUCGCAGGGCUUGGAUCUGCCAUCAGUUGCGCGCUAGCUGGUCAUGAAGUCCAGGUCCUUGAGGCAACACAUGAAAUCAGGGAGGUCGGCGCAGGAAUUCAGAUCCUACCCAACAGCUCGCGUGUCCUUCAACAUUGGGGCCUGGAAAAGGCUCUCAUACCACAUAUGACAUAUCCCCGGUUUUGUAACUUCCUUGGGUGGAAGGGCAAUGCCAUUUCAUCGUUGGACUUUCAAGAAUCGGAGAGUAAGUAUCCGGGAACUUGGUAUCGAGAUUUUCACCGCGCGGACCUACAACAAUGUUUGGUUGAGAGGGCGCUCGAAUUAGGAGUUACUCUUACCUGUAGUGCUCGUGUCGUGAAUGUCACCGUGAGCGAUGAUGGAACCACAGCGACUGCUACUGCAGCGGACGGGAGACAAUGGAUUGGAGAUCUUGUCAUUGGUGCAGAUGGAGUGUUUGGAAAGUUGACAGAGGGACUGCUGGGUAGAGUCGACCCGCCGGUGAAGACUGGAGAUCUCGCGUACCGCUUGCUUUUGUCCACAGAGGAGAUGCGGAAAGAUCCUGAUCUUGUGGACUUUGUGACGAAUCCCCAGGUCAACUACUGGCUGGGUCCGGAUGCUCAUGCAGUGAACUAUGUCCUUCGUAAUGGGGAAUUAUUCAAUAUGGUACUCCUUGUCCCAGAUGAUAUUCCAGAGGAGUCCCUGGCAUCGACAAUUGAAGGGAACGUGGAAGAGAUGUGUGCUUUGUUUAAAGACUGGGAUCCUCGUAUCCCCAAACUCCUCAAGCUCUGCGAGUCCGUCCAGAAAUGGCGUCUCUGUAUCCGAUUUGGAGAUUUCGACUGGACUCACCCCUCUGGGGCCUUUGUGAUGCUGGGGGACGCCGUUCACGCUACAUUGCCAUACUUGGCAUCUGGAGCUGGAAUGUCUUUUGAAGAUGGAGCCGUUCUCGGCGAAUGCCUCUCUCGGCUCCCUAAUAGUCCCGGUAUCUCUAGGACCUCGGCCGAAUUCCUGACUGCCAAACAACACGCGCUUGCCAUCUUCCAGGAAUGUCGCAAACAACGAACAAAGAUGAUUGUUGAGCGGGGAAAUAUCCAGCAAUAUCUCUACCAUCUCCACGACGGCGCUGAACAGGAAGAAAGAGAUCGAAAGAUGCAGAUGGUCCCGACGCCCGAAGGAGAAGCAUUGGCUUGGCGGGACCCUGGUUUGGCACCAAAAUUGUUGGGAUAUGACCAUAUUGCAGACGUUGACCGUCGAUGGAGUAAAUCAUUAGGAACUAAUGUUGUUGAGUCAAGACUGUAG